ACUAUGGAUAAAAACGCCAACUUGCAGAUUGAGCGGGCACUCCAGUUUCGUGACGCACCUGGACUUCUCCACUGACGGCCGCUACAUGCAGAGUACAUCCGGGGACUAUGAGCUGCUGUACUGGGACGUGGCCGCUAGGAGUCAGCUGCAGUUCAAGUCGGCCAUGCGUGACGUCACCUGGAACACUCAAACGUGUGUGUUCGGGUUCCACGUGUUCGGCAUGUGGCAGCAGGGUGCAGACGGACAUGACAUCCUGUCCUGCUCCGCCUCAGGUUCCCGGGCACUGCUGGCAUCAGCCGACACACACGGCAAGGUCAACCUGUUCCGCUUCCCGUGUAGUACGUUUCAGGCUCCAGGUCACGUAUAUCCGGGACAUGGCAGUCACGUGACAUCAGUGUCCUUCUUACACGGCGAUGAUUGGCUGAUAUCUACCGGCGGCAUGGACUGCAGCGUCAUCCAAUGGCAAGUUGUUCAACCCGCCCAAAAACACUCCACAAAAAGGACUCACAAAGACUACUACAAACCUCCUACCAAAUCUAGAAACUCUUCCACAAGUAUGCUAUCGGUUAUAGAAGAGUUUUUACCGGAGGAGCCAGGUAGUAGAAAUGGGGGAAGGACGGCUGUGACGGACGCGGCAACACAGACGAGCAGACCGGGCUCACCGGACAAGGCUAGCCGGAACACGUCCCCACAACCGCCGCCAGACCCCGUACAGGAGGAGAACAAACUCAUACAGCAACUUGUAGAUAGCUUGUUUUUGAACAACUAA